AUGUCGGCGAGACCUGAAGGAAGUCCGCCGGAGGUGACGCUGGAGACUUCCAUGGGCCCCUUCACCGUCGAGAUGUACUACAAACACUCCCCGAGAACUUGCCGGAACUUCGUCGAGCUAUCCCGGAGAGGUUACUAUGACAACGUUCUAUUUCACAGAAUCAUCAAGGAAUUCAUCGUGCAAGGUGGUGAUCCUACUGGAACUGGCAGAGGUGGCCAAUCCAUUUAUGGUUCGAAGUUUGAGGACGAGAUAAAGCCAGAGUUGAAGCACACAGGAGCUGGGAUUUUGUCAAUGGCAAAUGCUGGUCCCAACACAAAUGGGAGUCAGUUCUUCAUCACUUUAGCACCAGCACCGUCCUUGGAUGGAAAGCACACGAUAUUUGGCAGAGUGUGCCGAGGUAUGGAGGUGAUCAAGAGGCUCGGUAGUGUCCAAACUGAUAACACUGACAGACCAAUCCAUGAAGUGAAGAUUCUAAGGACUAAAGUGAUCGACUAG